CCAAAAAGAAAAAAAAAAAAGAAGAAGAGUCAAACCUGAGAAUCUCAUCUCUCUCUGAAGUAGAAGAAGAAGAAGACGAUGAAGAAGCGAACGAUGUCCGCGUGGGGAUCGGCGAUUUUAAUCUUCAUAAUACUUAUGAUCGUCACUCCCACAAUCCCUCAAUCUCAGGCUUACCACAAUUUCGCCGAUCAACGCUCCUUCCUCGGGAUUCCAAAUUUUUUAAACGUCAUCUCCAACUUCCCUUUCCUCAUCAUCGGCCUUAUUGGUCUUAUCCUCUGCUUUUACCCAGAAGAUUACUUUAGCUUUAGUUUGCGAGGUGAGAAAAUAGGAUGGACUUGCUUUUACAUCGGUGUAGCUGCUGUUGCUUUUGGAUCUUCUUACUAUCAUCUUCACCCAAACGAUGCUACUCUCCUCUGGGAUCGUCUUCCCAUGACUAUUGCUUUCACAUCAAUCAUGGCUAUAUUUGUAAUCGAGAGGAUUGAUGAGCAUAAGGGUACUUACUCCAUUGCUCCUUUACUUCUUGCUGGUCUUGUUAGCAUUUUGUAUUGGAGGUUUUUCGAUGACCUUAGGCCAUAUGCUUUGGUUCAGUUUGUUCCUUGCAUUGUGAUUCCGUUGAUGGCUAUUUUAUUGCCUCCAAUGUAUACACAUUCCACUUAUUGGCUAUGGGCUGCAGGGUUCUAUCUCUUAGCCAAGGUGGAAGAAGCUGCGGAUAAGCCUAUAUAUAGCUGGACUCAUCAUAUUAUUAGUGGGCAUUCUCUGAAGCAUCUGUGUGCCGCUAUGGUCCCUGUCUUCCUUACCCUCAUGCUUGCGAAAAGAACCGUUCAAACUGAGAGGAUUAGCUUGUAUAAGACAUGGAAGAAAGGAUCCGAGGAAGAACGGUUCGAGCAUAGCUACUCCAACGUUGCAGUCGAAGAGACUCGGUAGAUUAUUUUGUUGACUCGUAAAAUGUAAGAUGAUCUUUUUCUUUUGAUAGUUUGUGUGUUUACGGUUACUGGCUAAUAGAAUUAGAUAUAGAAGGUACAGAUUUAUGAUCCAGUUGGAAACUAAUGUUAGCGAUCUGUAAUCUUAUCAAAAUGCUGCACUCUACCAUUCAUAAAUGCCCUUUGUUUCUUAUU